AUGGACAAUCGUGAUGCCAAACCGCCCAUCCUCGUCAUCGGGGGCACCGGCACCGUCGGUAGUCGUCUUGUGCAGCACCUCUCGAGCCGGUGCUACCCGGUGAUCGCGGCGUCUCGGAGCCGCAGCCAGACCGACGGCCACGACCACGGCAUCGUCUUCGACUGGCACGACCAUAGCACGUGGUCCAACCCGUUCAGAGCCGCCGCCGGGCCCCUCCGCGCCGUUUACAUAGUAGCGUCGCCCGUCGUGGACUCGGCCCCCAUCAUGAUGGAGUUCAUCGACUUUGCGCGCGACAAAGGCGUCCGUCGCUUCGUGCUGCAGAGCUCGUCGGCGACCGAGUCGGGCGGCCCGGCCGUGGGCAAGGUGCAUGCGUACCUCCGCGAGCUUGGCCAGCGAGGCGAGGUUGACUGGGCUGUGUUACGGCCGACCUGGUUCCAGCAAAACUUUGGGGAGCAGCCGUUCUACAUAAAAUCUAUCAAGGACGAGAGCAGGCUGUACUCGGCCACGAGUGACGCAAAGAUCCCGUGGGUGUCUGCCGACGAUAUUGCGGCUGUUGCGGCAAAGUGUCUGACGAGCCCGGAUCCGCCCAACACAGAAUACCUGGUGCUCGGGCCCGAGCUGCUGUCCUACAGCGAUAUCGCCGACAUCCUGACUAAGGUGCUCGGGAGGAAGAUCGUGCACGUGGACCUGUCGCGGCGGGAUCUCGAGAAGCGCCACCAGUCCUUCGGCAUGCCCGAGGAGUCGUUCAAGAUGAUGGGCGCGCUACAGACGUCCAUCAAGUUUGGGUCUGAGAACCGCACCAACGACGCCAUCCUGACCCUCACCGGCGCGGCCCCCAAGAUGUUUGCCGAGUACGCCGAGUCGGCCAAGGCCAUCUGGGAACCGGGCGAUCCUAGGAAACACAUUGACGUCUACGCCUAG